CCAUCGCCGUCGGAGAUGAUCACGGCGCGGUCGGUGGCCGUGAGCGUCGUGCUCGGCGCCACGCUCAGCACCGUGGUCAUGAAGCUGAGCCUCACGUCGGGGUACCUGCCGCACCUCACCGUCCCCGCGGGGCUCCUGGGCUUCUUCCUCUCCCGGGCGUGGACGCGCGUGCUCCACGGCUGCGGGGCGGCGGCGGCGCAGCUCCCCUUCACCCGCCAGGAGAACGCCCUCAUCCUCACCUUCGCCGUCGCCUGCUCCAACACCGCGAACACGGGUGGGUUCGGGUCCUACAUCCUGGCGAUGAGCAGGAGCUCGGCCGAGGACGACGGCGGCGCCGAGAACGGCGGCAGGAACGUCGAGGAGCCCCAGAUCGGCCGCCUGGUCGCGUUCCUCUUCCUCACCAGCUUCGCCGGCAUGUUCGCCGUCAUGCCCUUCAGGAACAGCCUCAUCAUCCGGCACCACCUCACGUUCCCGACCGGCACGGCCACGGCGCACCUCAUCAACAGCAUGCACACGCCGCUCGGCGCCAAACAAGCAAGUAAGCAGGUGUCAGCCAUGUUCAAAACCUUCGGCGGGACCUUGGCGUGGUCGCUAUGGCAGUGGUUCUUCGCAGGCGGCGAGGACUGCGGCUUCCAGUCGUUCCCGAUCUUUGGCCUCACCGCAGCUCGAAGUGGGUUCUUCUUCGACUGCUCGAUGACCAACAUCGGCGUCGGGUUGUUCAGCCCGUACAAGAUCACCAUCUCGAUGGUCGCGGGGUCCCUGCUGGCAAAUGGGGUCUUGCUGCCGUACGUCAAGACGAAGGAGGGCAUCUGGUACCCUCGUGGCAACCACGGCGCCUACGGGAUGUUCAUCGGGAUAUCCAUGGUCCUCGCGGACGGCCUCUUCCACCUGCUCUGCAUCCUGCUCCGGACGCUCCGCGCGAUGCGCAAGCGGCGGCAUUCCCAGCUGGCCGCGCAGCCGUUCAUGUGCCUUGGCGUCGACGACCGGCCGCCGGCGCGGAACUUUGACGACCGGCGGCGGGCGCAGGUGUUCCUCCGCGACCGAGUGUUCGAUCCGGCCGCCGUCGCCGGCUACAUCGCCUUGUCGGCCGCCUCCAUCCUCCUCAUACCGCACCUCUACCCCCAGCUGAGGCCCAACCACGUCGCGUUCGCCUACCUCAUCGCGCCGGUCUUCGCGUUCUGCAAUGCGUACGGUACCGGCAUGACGGACGUCAGCGUCGCGCCGACGUACGGAAGGAUUGCCGUGCUAGCCUUCGGCUCCUGGGUGGGGCUCGGCAACGGCGGCCUGGUCGCCGGGCUCGCCGCCGGCGUCAUCCUCGUGUCCGCCGUCGCCACCGCCAGCGACCUCAUGCAGGUGUUCAGGACGGGGUACCUCACCCUCACCUCGCCGCACGCGGUGUUCAUCGGCCAGAUCGCUGGGACGGUGGUGGGUUGCGUCAUCAACCCGCUCAUCUUCUGGAUGCUGUACGGGGUGUACAACGGCGGCGACGGCGCCCCCGAUGCUUCGUUCGCCAAGAUGUACCGUGGCAUGGCCAUGCUGGCACUGUCCCAGCAAGGGCUGCCCAGGCACAGCCUGCUGCUCUGCAAGGUCUUCUUCGCCAUGACGCUGGCCGUGAAUGUGCUCGGCGAGGUGUCCGCGCGGAGGGGGUGGCGCGGAGGGCGGUACCUCCCGUGCACCAUCGCCGUGGCCGUCGCGUUCUUCCUGCCGCCCGAGAUACCCAUCGGCAUGUUCAUCGGGAGCAUCGUGAUGUACCUGUGGAGGAGGCUCGAUGGCGAUGGCGCGCGUGCACGGUCGCCGGCGGUGGCCGCCGGACUUAUAUGCGGGGACGGUGUCGGGACGCUGCUGUGGUCCAUGCUCAAGCUGUCCAACGCGCGGCCACCGAUGUGCAUCAUGUUCCUGACUCCAAGUGUAAAUAAGCGCCUGGAUGCGUUCCUAGCAACAGUACCCACGUCGUCGUAG